UCAUUGGUAAUAUCACGAGCGAACAGAUGGAGGACAGCCAGGUCUGGUUGGGGCCGUUGGUCACUAAGGUGAGCUCUAUUCUCGGCAAAGGUUUCGAGGACGUGCGCUACGAGGUGUCUGUGCCAACCGAUUCGUUCUUCCUUUCGGAUCUAUUCUUCGUCAAAAUCGUCUCGAACACCAGUCCCGUCGACAACGACGAGGCGAAGAAGAGAGCCAAGUCGACUAAUAUAGUGGUGAAGAAAAUGCCGGCAGAAACAGUGCAAGAGCUGAUGAGAUCCACGGAACAGUUCCACAACGAGAUAUUAUUUUACCAAAAGUUCGCCCAAUAUUACGAUCGAGUUCCUCGUUGCAUCUACGCCACGGAUAAACCAUUGUCACCCGACUCGGUGAUCGUUAUGGAGAACGUGGGCACCGAACGUGGCUACAGUGUGUGCAAAUGGAAAUACGACACGCCAUUGGAGUACACGUUGGCCGCGUUCCGAGAGAUCGCGCGGUUCCACGCUACAGCGUACGCGGCGAAGAAGACUCGCGAAAAGGAAUUCUUCGAUUUCGUGAACGCCAUUGAAGAGGUCAGGUACCAUGCUGAGUCGAACGUGAGAUACAUAUUCAACGGAACCGCUACCAAAACGCUCGACUACCUUCGCAAGCAAGGUUACGACAAAGAAUUCUGCGACAAAUUCGAAGCUCGAACGUGUGCGAACAUGUUCGAAGACUUGAUCUUAAAGUUCACCGAGAUCGAGGAGCCUCUUUCCACUCUGUGUCACGGGGACUUCACGAUUAAUAACAUGUUGUUCAAGAGAGAGAGUGACGAGCUGAAAGUCAUAUUCAUCGACUUUGCGCUGAUACGCUACGGUUCACCGAUUUUGGAUCUGUCUACGUUCCUCUGUUUGCACUCUGCCAGAGACUUGGACAAAGUUAUGUUGGAUAAUGUUUUGAGAGCGUAUCACGAUUCCCUGAUACAAUGCCUCAAGGAGAAUGAUAUAGACGGGGGCGAUUAUUCGUACGAAGCUUUCUACGAGGAUUACAAGAAGCGGGGUCUGUUUGGAUUUUUCAUUGCCACGUUCUUCUUAGGGACACAGAUGGGCAUGUUUGAUGGAAAGGUGGAAGAUUUCGCGGACAUGACAGAGUGGGCAGUGUUAUUGCGUCAGACUGGUGGAGAAGAAAUUAACAAAAUUUUGGCGAACAUGUUGUUGAAAUUAAAAGAAUUUGGAUGCCUGGAUUAUAUACUGUGACCUGUUGGUACGUCAAGUCUUCAAGAAAUCGAUGAAACUAGCGAAUGCGGUUUUUGUCAAUGAAUGGAAAUUAGUUAUUGUUUGUAGAGAAGAGUAUUAUAUAGAAUAUCAUUAUGGAUAACCACGAUGAUUAAAAUAAUCAUGUUUCACUCGUAUUUGGAAAUA